AUGUUUUAUCCUUGGAAGGGUCUUUCAGAAUGGGCCCCCUUUGAGAUCGAUGCUCUCGGGCUGCUGACUCUGUUAGGUGCGAAUGAGGUGGAUAUAUCUGUCGGCCGGCUUGCCCCCAGUUAUUGGCUCGAGUAUAUGCCCCUGCUUGCUGGAUUUGUGUUUGCAGGCGACAGAUUCCGUGCCAAACAGCCAGCAUUCACGUUAUACAACGUCUCUAGCGGGAUUGUCACGGGGAAUCUGGCAGCAUGGUUUACCAGGUGGAUGCAAGCGCAAGAGUUCCACGUCUCCCGCAGCCUGGUCUACUGGGAAGUGAACAAGUCAUCGCCACCACAACUUGACCAGUGGUCGUACGUGCUUGUUCCGGCUUCGAUCUCAGCUACCCUCACAAUGUUUUUCCUUGCGAUGACGAUUCUGUCCGGGGAUUGGUACGGCCUUGCGAACGCGAUUGCCAUCAUCCUACUCAUUCUCGUCCGUUCUUACAUGAUACACGAGAACCGCAACGCAAUUAACAGAUCUGUUGCCGCCGCAAAGCCACUUCCAUCAACUUAUGCAAGCGCCCUCGACAAAUGGGAAGAGCAACGGAAGAAAGACCCGAAGGCGACGCGACCCCUACCGGACUCCUCCUCCUCUUCCGCCCCUCCACGGUGGCGCCCAGAGGUAGUGAAAAUCCUGGUCGUCAUGCCUGACUCGCGGGCCAUCACCAUGUUCAUUCCCGAGCAUCUUCUUCGCGGGGUCUUUGUCACCGAGACCCCCGUCCGCUCCCCCGGCGUGUAUCGCAUGGCACAAUGGAUCGGGUGGGUGGCAUUCACUGUCCACGUCGUCACACUAGGCAUGGCGCGGCUCGCAACCCAGCUCUACGUGAUUGCGUUUACAGUGAUUCCAACUGUGUUGAUCUGCUACGGCUUCGGCUGCGACGACUCCCGGGUACAUAAAGCGUGGUGUUGGCUCUGGGGGCAGGACGCCGGGCCGUACGUCUACCAGGCCGGGCCUCAGCUGAGCGCGACAGUCUUUGAGUGGCCAGAAGACGUGGAGUUUGCCACGGACAAAAGAGGCGUCCUGCGCAGGUGGGAUGCGCUAGCGGUGCAAAAAGGCGGGCCGGGUUGCAAGAAGCGAUCGACAGCGCGGCAGGAUUUAUAUGCUUGGCUGAAUCUCAGCAGCGAGGAGCAGAAGAGCCUUUGGGACUGGCAUUUGCUUCCUCAUACGCGCGGCGUUGAUGAUUCGUGGUGGGUUGCCUUCAACGAGAAGCAGCGGCUCAUUCGCGAGCGGCCGCCGGAUAUCCGGGCUCUCAAGGACUGUAUUCGACGUGACUUGGAAGCGAGAAGAGCUGGGCGUUGGUCCUUUCGGGGUCAGCCACGGGAAUCGACGCCCUUGGCAGACAUACUGGCGAAGGAUGGCGAGCUGGAUACAGCCCUGCAUUGCGCAUACCCUGUCGCCGCUGCGCGCCGCACGCGGAACGAUGGAGAAAUCAAUCCAGAUUGCCUUAUAGUAGAUUCUCGCCGCAUGCUCAAGCCUGAGUUCCUCGAACGGACGAUUCGCGGGAGGGAAGCGGGGAAGUCUACCUCUGGCUGGGCGAUGCUAUGCAAUAUCCGCAAUAUCCGCCGCCGGCUCUUUGUGCUAUGCACGAGUCUUAAAACAGAGGCGCGGCGCUCGGCUGGGCGUAUCUUAGCGACCUGGUAUCCCACCCCUUAUAGUCACGUUCCACAUAACUUUGUAACCUUGCGACCCUACAGCAUUGCACUGGUGGGUCUCGGAUACCGGGGCUACAGAAGCCAUUUUCUCAGCCUCUCUGAAGAUCCGUCUGUUUCAAUAACCGCUGUCUGUGACACGAAUCGCGUGGCGCUGGAGGCUUUCUCCGCGACACACAAGGGAAUCCCCACCUACCUUUCACUACCACAGCUGCUACAGAGCCACAUACUGGAUUUUGCCAUUGUGUCUGUGCCCCAUAGCGCCCACGCUCAAUGCAUCGCCACCCUUGCAGCAAAGGGCAUUGCGGUCCUAAAGGAGAAACCUGUUGCAGAAUCCAUUGCAGACUACGAAUGGAUGACCAGGCUGCCAGUGGGGAUUGGAAUCGCCUUCCAAAAGCGAUUCGAACCACAUUUUUUGCAUUUUAAGAGCCUUCUCCCGCUUGUUGGAGAAGUUGCGGCGGUUGAGGCGAGCCUCGCCCUCAAUAUAACGAACCUCGAGGAAACAUGGCGUGCAGCAUCCAGUGUCGGAGUCACGGAAGACCUGGGCUGUCAUAUGCUCGACAUGCUUGUGUGGCUAUUCGGACCGCCAACCUCCGUUAUGGCACACCAGGUCUCCUCUGUUCGACGUGGCCAAAGAUAUGGCGGGGAUGAUGUCUCUGACAUUCUAAUGGACUGGGGAGCAAAAAAGUGCAUCGGCCAUAUACGCCUGUCCCGCGUCGCCCAUAGACCUAUCCAGUCUAUCACAGUGACAGGGACCAAUGGUACGCUUCAUCUGGAUGGGUGUCAAAUCACCCAUCACGACAACAAUGGCUUUGAGACGUUAAAGGUCAAACAUCAGCCAGGGCAAAAACAAGUGAUCCAAACCAUGGCCCGAGAAUUCGGCGACUGGAUAUCGGGUCGUCGACCUGAAUUUUCAUCCUCUUUAGGAAACGCGCUGCAUACAGUUUCUGUUGUGGACGCUAUCAACGCGUCGCUUGCGAGCCGGCAGGUGCGGCACCCGCUGCUGCUGUCCUCUUCAGCCGAAGGUUUGGGUGCUGCCACUAACAGCCGACUCUUGUCCAAAAUAUCCGGAAGCAGUAGAGGGUUUGCCGCCAACUUCUCUACCUCUUCCUCCUCGACCUCCUUCGCUUAUCCCAGCUACCGGGAGAAAGUAUUUUGGCUCAAUACUGGAGCCUCAAUCCCCGCCGUUGGCUUGGGUACUCGCAGAGCCGAGACGCCAGGGCAGGUAUACAAGGCUGUUCGUACGGCAUUAGAUGUCGGAUAUCGCCACAUUGAUGCAGCACAGUCUUCCGAGAAUGAGCACGAGAUUGGCCGAGCCAUUAAGGAUUCUGGUGUGCCACGUAAGCAGAUUUGGAUCACAACUAAACUCGACAACAGAUGGCAUACCCGUGUUGAGAGUGCUCUGCAACUGUCUCUAGACGCGCUGGACAUGGACUAUAUCGACCUUUAUCUCAUGCAUUGGCCUGUAUCCACCUGCCCCAACGAUCAGACCACCCAGCUGAAGAAUUGGAACUUUGUCAACACGUGGGAAGCAAUGCAACAACUACAACCACACGUCGUGCGAAACAUUGGGGUUUCGAACUUCGGCAUCGCCCACCUCCAGCGACUGUUGAAUCAUCCAUCCUGCAAGGUCGUCCCUGCAGUCAAUCAAAUUGAGCUCCACCCGUACUGGCCCUCUCGCCUACUCCUCACGUACUGCAAUAACCAUGAUAUUCACUGCACGGCAUAUUCAUGCCUGGGUUCCACUGAGUCCCCGCUAUUACAGGACCAGACGGUACUUGAGGUAUCGCGGCUGAAAGAUAAAUCACCACAACAGAUUUUGUGA